CCUGAUCUUGCUGAAUGAAUGACAGAUGGUCAGUACAAUAUGCAACUCACUGUAUGCACAGCAUGGCUACUGAAGUGGACCAAAACGCACUUAUAAGGGCUCUGAACGAACUGAAAAGAUUUCUUAGAACAUCGUUAGAUAAUGUGGAAAAUGAUCUCGCCAAAGGUGGUUCUUCACAAGAAAUUGUAAAUAAGAAAAUUCGUCCAUUAUUUGGUCUGAUGUCAGCAGGGGCCAAGUUCUUUAACAGUUUUCUUUCAGUGUGGGUGUGAAGAACCAAAAGGAAGCAGAAAGUUUAUGGGAACAAUUUUUUCAAAUUGCAGAGGUUCGAGAUAAUGUUGAAGGCUUACUGCAACUGGAAGUGGAGUGGGAUAGUUUUUUGAAACGUCUGGAUGUUCAGAUGCAAAUGAGCGACACAACUCUUUCCCAGUGUCCUGCAGCCCAGACGCUCAGCUCGGAUACACGGUUUAUACACGUCCAAACUAAAGAGAAUGUGUCUCUGAGUCAGUACUUGGGCAAGGGAGAGAAUCUCCUCCUUGUGCUGCUCCGGCAUUUUGGAUGACAGCCGUGACGAGACCACCUGACUGAGUUGAAGGACAGCAAGAAGCUUCUGGAAGCUCAGUCAUUGCGGGUGCUGGUGGUCUCAUAUGGUUCUCUUGAAGGGGCAACGUUCUGGCUUGGUCAGACAGGCUAUGAAUUUGACAUGCUGUUGGAUGCAGAGAGAGUGGUGUAUCAAGCUUUCGGUCUGGGUUCAUCCAUCAGCAAGGUGAUGAAGUUUAAGUUAAUGCUCCACUACUCUGGAAUUCUGGUGAUGAACCGACAGUUACCCGAUGUGCCACCUCAGUUCAUCGAUGAUCUAUUUCAGAUGGGAGGUGAUUUUGUGCUGGACCAGGGUGGUAAAGUGAUAUUUUCCUACCGGUGUAAAAGCCCUGUGGACAGACCAUCGGCUACACAGAUUCUGGCUUCCGUCUCUGCUCAUUCUUAGCAUUCUUAAGUCCUGGAGAAAAAGAGCUUUCAGGUUGGCUCCACAGAUAGACAGCUCCCCCAGAGGUUGUAUGGAUGAAGAUCUGACUCAAACUCAUACACUUAUGAAGAGUCGUCUCUGAUGGAUAUUUACACCCUCUGGUCAUCUCAGCUUCUCGUCUGUUGAGUUAGCACCUAAAUAACACAUUAACUACUGUCUUGAUUAAAAAAAAUCAGAUUAUUAACUUUAUUAUACAAGUCAUAUGAAAUGAAAUAAUCUUAAGUUGUUGAACUACUAUUUACUGUGAAGGGUAAAUGUAUAAAUAUAACUGAUUUAUAUAGGUUGGAAUUUGAUAAUUGAAGUCCACAUUAAAUAAAGAGCUGGAUAUCAGCAAGAAUGAGACUA